AGGGAGCAGAGCACAGCAUGGGAUGGACGCGCUGAUCUAAGUGCCACACAGCCAUGGCCCCGAGGGACAGGACCAGACCCCAUGGCCACCCCAUCACCCCUGCCAGCCUGUGGCUUCUCCACUGCUACCUGUCAGCGGUGGGCGCGGUGAAGGUGUCGGUGGGCGCUGCCAGCAUCCAGGUGGCGAGGGGAGGGAACGCGCUUCUGCCUUGCACCUUCCACACCACGGCCUCGCUGAGUCGCCUCAACAUCAUCUGGACGGUCACCCCGCUGGCAGAGCCAAACCGCCCCCAGCAGGUCCUGGCCUAUGAGCAGGGAGAGGUGGUGGAGAGUCUGUCCCAGUACACGGGCCGCGUGGGCUUCGCCUUCCCACCCGCCCAGAGUGCCACCAUCUUCCUCAACGAGACGCGCAGCUCGGAUAGCGGGACAUACCAGUGCAGUGUCAUGAACCCACCCGACAGGGACACGCCCAACAUCGGGGUCAUCCAGCUCACUGUGCUCGUGCCCCCCUCCAGCCCCGAGUGCUCCAGCGAGGGGAGCGGGGAGGAAGGGGGGGACGUCCACCUGUCCUGUGCCGUGCGGGAAGGCGUGCCCGCCCCUACCUUCAGCUGGGAGAAGAUCCCCCCCGACACGCAGCCCCUGGUGAUGAGCUACACAGAGGCGCGCCGGGCCCUGCUGACCCUGCAGAACCUGACAGCCGCCACCUCGGGCCUGUACCGCUGCACGGCCUCCAAUGCGCUGGGCUCUGGCUCCUGCGCCCUCCAGCUGCGCGUGCGCCUGGCCCCGCAGGGCACGCUGGGCAUCGCGGUGGGCAUCACCGUCACCCUGACCAUGGGGCUGGUGCUGCUGGCUCUCCUAGCCCUGGUGCUCUGGUUGCACCACCAGAGCGUGCGGAAGUGGCCGGAGGAGGAAAUGGAGGAUUCGUACAAUGAGAUCAGAGUCGACAGCCUCUCACCGCGGCGUCUGAUCGUAGCCAAGCCUCUCUCCAGCGACAUCCCCGUGGCCAACCAGGCAGCAAAGCCCCUCUGGCUCUUCACCAGCUCCACCCCCACCACCACCUGUGCCACCCGCCAGCGUGGGCUGGGCGAGGGGAGUCAGGCGGCACCGCCCGGGGGGCUGCGACAGUCAGCACGGGCAGCGCCCCAGGGCAGGAAGAGGAGCAGCAGCAGCCUCUCCGAGGAGGAGUCCCUGCCAGGCUGCCAGGCAGAGGAGGAGCCAGCCCCAGCCAAGGCACUUCCCCCCCAAGCAGCCCGGAUUCCUGGUCUAGGGGCAGCGGGUCCAAUGGGCACAGAACUGGGGGGCCGAUGCCAGCAGCCAGGGCUCCCUGGGCCUGCACAUUGUGCACAGGUAGCAGCUGUGGGGCAAGCUGCUCCCACCUGCCUGGCUCCAGUGGGAGCUCGGGACAGCCCCCCCCACCAUCACCGCCCCCCCCCAGCCAGCCCCGUGUCCCUUGGCACUCAGCCCCCAGGCCCUUUCCCUUGGGCACAGCCCCCACGCUGGGUAGCUCCUCUUCUGGGGAGGCAGCUGCCCAGCCCCACAGCCAGUCAGGUGUCAGCCCCGGAGGCCUCUGCCUCGAACCCAGGUCACACACAGACUGGGCAGACGCAGGGUUAGUGUCCCCGUGCUGCCCCUGCACGGCUUCAGGAGCCCCCCGCCAAUCUGGCCAGGCCGGUGCCCCUCCGCGGAGCCUGCUGCCGCUGCCAGAUGAGCUGGGAGCCGCGACCUCACCAGCAAAGGUUGCCUUGCCUGGCCCCCGGGUCAGCGCCCCAGUCGCAGGCCUCUGCCGAGCAGCACCUCCUACUGCUGAGGGGCCCCGGGGUCAGUCCUGAACGCCCCAAGGCCUGGCGAGCGAGGGAAGGGGAUGCGCUGGAGCCGGCCUGGCUCGAGCUGUCUGGGUUCGGAGCAUCUCCUGCCUCGGGCUUGCAACUAUUCAUGGGAAAAGGCUGGAGAUGCUCAGGUGAUUCUCAAGGGGACAUUCUGCCAGGGUCAGGGCCAGGGCUAGCGCCAGCUGGAAACCUGCCCCUCUGAGGGGUCUCAAGCUGGGUCCCUUACAUCACACAUCCUUUCUGAAGAUCCCCCACCACCAAUGCAGCCCCCAUGCCUGGGCCCUAGGCAGGGGGCAGGAAGCAUGAAACCACAGAGGAAGGAAAAGGGAGGCGUCUGCUCAUGGGGCAAGGGAGAGAACAGAGGCAGCUGGGGCAAGGGCAGGGGAUCCCCAACAUUCAGGGGGUAAUCGCCUCUGUGAAGCCAGGAUGUUCUUUAUUCGGCCCCCAGCCUGCAGGGAUGAGCCAGGACCAGCCACUGCUGCAUCCUUGGCUGCUGCCUGGCUCCCAUGCAGCUCUCCCAGGGGUGGGGAGAUCUGUCCCCACUAAGAGCCCGAGUUUUCCCCUAGUUAAAGGGCCCGGCCCACCUCUGGUACCCGAGUCAGCAAUACCCGGAGCCUGCCUGCACGACCGAUACACCCCCGGUGGUGGUUGGGUGGCAGAGACAGGCGCCUCGCUGUGCACCGGAGCUGCACCCCCCGGUCACAGGUACGGGCAAGGUCCCAUCUAACCGUAAACCAGAACUGGGCGUUAACCCCACCACAGCAACAGCAGGCCCCGAGCCUGCCAACCCACAGGCACAAGCCCCGAGCCGCCAGCUGCCCUGCAGGACAGCCCAUGGCCCCCAAGGCAGAUUCAACAAGCAACACUGAGCCCCCUCCUCUACCCUCCCCCAGUCACACCUCCAGGACCCCAGCGUAACUCCAGCCCCACUCCAAAAGAGGGGCUCUUCCCCCUCCCCUCGCACUGCACAGCUCAUAUCCAGCACCCCUCUUCGGGAGCAUCCUCGUGAGCCUUUGGGUGGCAGAAUCAGGUCCUACAUGGGGACCCUCCUGGGGCCUGUGCACUGCAGAUCAGUGAUCGAAGUGGCCCUACAGGUGAGCUGGCCCUGUGCUUCAGUAGCCCAGUCCCGGGGGCUGGAGGGGGUAGCAGCAGGGCUCCUGCCCCCUCUCCCGCCCACCCCUUCCAGAGCUGGAUUGGGGGGUCCCUGCCAGUGAAAUAAAAGCAGCACCACAUGGAAAAACAAAUCACUAUUUUUAUUUAUUCUGCUUUUUAAAUUCAGAGAAUUAAAAAAAGUCAGAGACCAGCAGAGCCAGGCAGUGCCAGCCAUGGGAGGGGGUUGGGGGAGGGGCAGGUGCUGCCCCCGGUAUGUCGCCAUCCGCCUCCCCCACAGCGAACGGGUCAGUGGCUCGGCUGACAGUGCCUGCGGGGAAGGCUAGCUGGAGGCAGGCUAACGCACUCCAGGCAGGAAGGCCCAGGGCACACCUGGGGAACAGCAGUGUUUCCCCAGUGCUGGUAGCUGCCCUCCAUGGCACAUGCUCAAACAGCCCAGGCUGGGGGUGGUGAGGGCACCAGGGAGGAACGGCUAAAGGCAGCACACG